AUGGCGGCGGUAGCGGCGCGCGGCCCGGUAGGGAAGGGGCGCGACAUCAGCCUGGCGGCCCUGCAGCGCCACGACCCCUAUAUCAACCGCAUCGUAGACGUGGCCAGCCAGGUGGCUCUGUACACUUUCGGCCAUCGGGCCAACGAGUGGGAGAAGACUGAUGUGGAAGGAACCUUAUUUGUUUACACAAGGUCUGCUUCUCCAAAGCAUGGCUUCACCAUUAUGAACAGGCUAAGCAUGGAAAAUAGGACAGAACCUAUUACUAAAGACCUGGAUUUCCAGCUCCAGGACCCCUUCCUUCUCUACAGAAAUGCCAGAUUGUCCAUUUAUGGAAUUUGGUUUUAUGAUAAGGAAGAAUGCCAAAGAAUUGCAGAACUUAUGAAAAACCUAACUCAGUAUGAACAGUUGAAAGCCCACCAGGGAGCUGGAGCAGGAAUCUCCCCAGUGAUCCUCAGUUCAGGGGAAGGGAAGGAAGGAGAUAUCUUACGAAUGCUCACCAAGGCCAAAGAUGAAUAUACAAAGUGUAAAACCUGUUCUGAGCCAAAACAGAUAACCAGUUCGUCUGCCAUUUACAACAAUCCCAAUCUCAUCAAACCAAUUCCAGUGAAGCCCAGUGAGAACCAGCAGCAGCACAUACCUCGGCCCAGCCAGACCUUAGACCCUGAACCCCAACACUUGUCCUUGACAGCGCUCUUUGGGAAGCAGGACAAAGCUACAUGUCAGGAAGCUGUGGGGCCUCCGCACACCCUCCACCAGCACUACCAGCCGCAAGAGAAGCUUCCCACUAGGCCGGGGGUUGUACGUUCCCUGACCUAUGAGGAACCCAGAAGACACUCAUCCCCCAUUGAGAAGCAGCUAUGUCCAGCCAUUCAGAAACUCCUGGUCAGGAGUAUAGACCUCCACCCAUUGUCAGAGCUGCCUGAAAACCAACCCUGCAAAAAUGGCAGUGCCCAUUCUGCUGGGGAAGAUGUUACUGGACCUGUCCACUCAGGGCCUCCCCAGGGCAUCCGGACUUCUCAGCAUGUGCACAGUGCUUUCAGAACUCAGAACCUGUUGGAGAAGCUUCAGAGCGCCUCAAAGGCAGCGAACAAGUACGAUCCUAGUCCAGCAGCACCUGCCAGCUCAGCCCUCCCCGGCUUCUCGGCCCUCGCUGCCGCCAUCCCUGCAGCUCCAGGAAAGGGGGUGGCUCCACCGCACCUGGUACAUUUUAAUGGCUCCCUUCCACCUCAGGCACUAGGACAACACGCUCAUGAAAGAGAACAGUGCACACACCCACGACAAAUGCCCCCCAUCUCUGGCAAUCAGCCCAGUGGUUCUGGAGUGAUCACCCCCCAAGAGUUACUGCAAAAGCUUCAGCUCGUGCAGCAGGAGCAGCAGCUGCAGGCGUCUAACCGCCCAGCCUUGGCAGCCAAGUUUCCUGUGCUCACCCAGAGCUCUGGAGCUGGGAAGCCCUUGGAAUCCUGGAUCGACAAGACAUCGAGCACAGAGAAGCAGACUCCUCUUUUCCAGGUCGUCUCCCCUCAGCGCAUCCCGGCUACAGUGGCUCCUUCUCUGCUCAUGUCCCCCAUGGUGUUCACACAACCCCCCUGUAGCCCGCCAAAGGAGAGGGACAGCGGGCUCUUGCCCCUGGGAAGCCAGGAGCCAGCUGCCGCCUCCAGCAGCCUCCUCCUGCCUGUGCAGAGCCCGCUCACCAAGCUGCAACUGCAGGAAGCACUGCUGUUCCUCAUCCAGAACGACGACAACUUCUUAAAUGUAAUCUAUGAAGCUUACCUCUUCAACAUGACACAAGCAGCCAUGAAAAAGACUAUGUGA